ACACAAUUGAUUUCGUUUCUUUGUACCGGCAAAGAAACUUUUUAGACAAAUUUUGUAGAAUAAUGACCCCUUCCAAACCGGAUCAAUUUGAUUUCCCAUCUUAGUUCUGCUUUUCCCCUUGUUUUUUUCUUUUUGAAAUCCUUUUUUCAAUUCCUAUACAUUUUGAAUAUCAAUAUAAUUGACAGAAAGAUCUUGCCUUUUUUUUUUUUUCCUUUUCUGUUUGUUUUAUUGUCUGAGAGAGACAGAAAGAAAGUUUGUAUAGAGAUCUUAUUUUGAUGAUUUAGAUCGGUAGAUUAUUAAAGGAAUAAUCUUUUAUUAUCUGGGUUUUCGAGAAAAUAGUGGUAAUUUGAUUAAUGUGCAGCAUUUGGAUCUAAUAGGUUUGGAUAGAUUUGGGUUCUUGACUAUUGAAAAAUAAAGAGAGAAAAAGGAUGGGGGUUGAUUAUUAUAAUAUAUUGAAGGUGGACAAAAAUGCCACAGAUGAUGAUCUAAAGAAGUCAUAUAGGAAAUUAGCAAUGAGAUGGCAUCCUGACAAGAAUCCCAACGACAAGAAGGAAGCUGAAGCCAAAUUCAAGCAAAUCUCUGAGGCUUAUGAGGCAUGUUUUUCUUUUUCCCUAUUUCAGGUCUUAAGUGACCCACAAAAGAGAGCAAUUUAUGACCAAUAUGGUGAAGAAGGAUUGAAAGACAUGCCAACCCCUGGAAGUGGUGGAUUCCCAUUUGGAAAUGGUGGUAGUGGUGGGUCUAAUGGUUUCAAUCCAAGAAAUGCAGAAGAUAUAUUCGCAGAAUUUUUUGGGAGUAGUCCUUUUGGAUUUGGAUCAUCAGGGCCUGGAAGGUCCAUGAGGUUCCAUUCAGAUGGAGGAAUGUUUGGAGGAUUCAGUGGGGGCGAAAACCUUUUUCGGACAUACAGCGAAGGGACUAUGCCAAGGAAACCACCACCAGUCGAGAGUAAAUUGCCUUGCAGUCUUGAGGAACUGUAUUCUGGAUCAACAAGAAAAAUGAAGAUUUCUCGAACUGUAGUGGACAGUCAUGGGCGGCCAGUGCAAGAAACGGAGAUAUUAACCAUUGAUGUGAAGCCAGGAUGGAAGAAAGGAACAAAGAUAACAUUCCCAGAUAAAGGAAAUGAACAGAUAAAUCAGCUUCCAGCAGACCUUAUGUUCGUCAUCGAUGAAAAGCCCCACAAUACUUACAAGAGAGAUGGCAACGACCUCAUUAUAAACCAAAGGAUAUCACUCGCAGAAGCACUAGGGGGGACUACUGUAAAUUUAACUACACUUGAUGGUCGAAACCUAUCCAUUCCUGUACAUGAUAUAGUUAGCCCUGGUUAUGAGCUUGUCAUCACUAGGGAAGGUAUGCCAAUAGCCAAGGAACCCGGCAAUAGAGGCGAUUUAAGGAUAAAAUUUGAGGUAAAGUUCCCGACAAAAUUGACACCUGAGCAACGAACAGGACUUAAGCUUGCAUUAGGAGGUUGAAGGUUGACUUUACUGCUAAUAUAUAUAUUAGCAUCUAGGUUAAGCUAGACUUUGAAAGCUAAAGCUGUCUCUUUUAUGUUCAUUAAAAUUUUAUAGACCCAGGUAUUUUUUACUUUGGGAGGAGUCAGCAGAUUAAAAAAUGGGGGAGUGGUAAUUUUGUGCAUCUCCUACUAGAUUAAAUGUAGCAAUUCAACAAGUAUACCUUGUGAGGUAUUCUUGGCGAAUUCAUGUAAUUAUUAUUCUUUUUUUUAAUUUGAAUUGGACAUAAGAGGUUAUUGACGUUCAGUUUUCA